AAAAAAAAAAAGAGAACGUUUUACUUGAGGCGUUGAAUUACUUGAUACUAAUGAGUAAUGUUAGAGUUUAGGGCUCAUUUUUUUUGUGGUGACGUAUUUGUUUAGCAAUGGCGCAUAUGGGUAGGCCUAAGUACAAUCCGUUUCUCGACGAUGAUAACGAAGACGUGGAUGAUUUUAUUUUUUUGGCUCACCCUAAGCAAGGAUCUUCUGGAUACAUGUUAGAAGAUGGUAUGAGAGAUGAUAAUAAUGUAGAUUUAAAGCGACAGCAGCUAUUAGAUGAGCGAAGAAAAAUUCAAGAAAGGACUAUUCAAAGUACCCAGUCUUCUUUAGGUCUUAUUCAUGAGAGUGAACAGAUUGGAAUAGCUACGGCUGAAGAACUUGAUAAACAAGGGGAAAAACUACACAACAUCGAAAGAAAAGUGGAUGACAUCAAUAGUACGAUGAGAAUCAGCCAAAAGCAUUUAACUUCUAUGAAAAGUUUGUUUGGAAGUAUCAAGAACUACUUUAGUGGUACAGGAGUACAAACAAGAGUGGAUGAACCAGAAGACAAAAAACCUAGUGCCUUGAUGUCAAAAGUAACCAAGAUCAAGGAGGAUGGUGCCACUUCAAAUUCGUCAUCACAUCCUGGGUUGAGGGUUCGUGGGUUGGACACCUCAGGAUUUAGUGAAGCUGUUGAUGAAGUUCAAUUUGCAGGAGCAACACCAACAGUUCGCCAGUCAGCUGACACUGUUUACAGUAUAAAAGCUCAAGAGUAUGAAGAAAAUUUUAAUAAAAAUUUAAGUAUGUUUGCUCAGCCACGAACCAUUGGCUGCACUCAUUAAAAUUACUUUGUUUUU